AACUGGCGGACACGAAGCAUCACAUCACUCCUGCUCAGAGGUGCGUGAGGAAGACUUAAACAUUUGAAGGGUUUACGUAGUCUUCUUUGUUGCUAUUUUUUUUGGCUUUUUUUCUACCGCCGUUAUCGUCCAUAACUUGGAAAACAAACUUUGGACUUUUUUGGCACCGGAUGCUGAGAUGCGCACAAAGUGACAGCGGUCCUCUGUCCUCUUCCUUUAUCCUCAACGAGCUAUAAAAACGCAAUGAAAGACGACUUUGCAGACGAGGAGGAAGUACAGUCUUUUGGCUACAAGAGGUUCGGGAUCCAGGAGGGCACCGAGUGCACUAAGUGUAAGAAUGAAUGGGCACUGAAGACCUCCAUAGCCUUGCUCUACGUCUUGUGCACGCUCCUCACCAUCGCUGUGGCUGUACUUGGAUAUAAAGUGGUGCAAAGAGUGGACAACGUGUCUGCAGGCAUUGCCAACUAUGGAGGAAAGAUUAUUGCAGUGGAAAGUGACUUGAAAAAGCUAGAUGAUCAAACUGGGGAAAAGUCCGAGAACACCACCACGGAGAUCCAGGCUUUUAAGAACAAUGUCAGGACUCUACAGAUACAACUGUCCCUGAUAGAGGAGCACAUUCACAGCGACCAGGCCAAGAUGAGCCAACUACAGAACCUCGGCUCAGACAUCCAGAGCAACCAGGGUUCCAUUCAGGGUCUGCUGGAUAGCAACACGGCCGCCUUGCGCUUUGUCAACAGCACCUUACAUUCUUACGGCAACAUCAUUGAGAGUCUGCAAGAUGACACAGUCAGGCUGCAGAGAGAUCUUCAGCAGCAGGUGAAACUUCAGAACCAAGUCUUGCUGAGCAUUGGCAGCCUGAACCUCACACAAGCCCAGCAACGGGGCGUCAUUAACUCUCUGCAUCGUGCCGUGGAUGACACCAGUCAGAGCAUUCAGAAAAUCCGCAAUGACUUUCAAAGCCUUGAGCAGACCAGUCGUCAGACGCUGUCUGAUAGCGAGUGGCUCCGGAGUAAGGUGGACAAUCUCCAGGUUCUGGCCACAAAUACCUCGAUACUCUCCAAGGCCAACAACGACAGCUUGGAGGAGGUCGCAUCCCAGCUGACCUUCAUGUCCAAUCAGUUACAGAACACCAGUGGCUUGGCUGAUGCCCACGGUCAGGCCCUGAGGGAGAUCCUCGACCGGGAAAAGGACUUCGGCAACCUUACGUCCUCUAAAUUUGAGCGUCUGGAGGUCCGUCUAGAUGAGUCCGAGCAGAGCAUGGACCGUGUGACAGGCAACAUCAGCUUCACCACACAGCUCCUAGGCGCCAUCAACCUCAACUUAAACGACCUGCGCUCGUGUUCCGAGACAGUUGGUCGUCACUCUGAGUUCUUGUUGAACCUCAACAAUAGCAUGGCUGACAUGAGGACGGAUGAAGCCGGCCUGAGAUCGCAGCAAGAGGAGUUGGCGACACGUUUGGACAAGGAGGUCACCAGCCUCUCCAUCAUCAUGGAGGAGAUGAAGCUGGUGGACACCAAGCACUCCCAGUUAAUAACCAACUUCACGAUACUACAAGGUCCUCCUGGUCCCAGAGGGCCAAGGGGGGACAAAGGGCCUUCAGGGCCAUCUGGCCAACCCGGUCAGAAGGGCGAGAAAGGGGAAAAGGGUGCAUCAGGGAUACGGGGACCAAGAGGAGAGCAGGGUAUUCCAGGCCCACCAGGUCUUCCAGGUUUAAAAGGUCUCCCAGGCGUCCCAGGAAACCCAGGGUCUAAGGGUCCCAGAGGAUCUGGAGGAAGAGCUGGACCUCCGGGAGGUAAAGGUGAACCGGGCACUGCCGGUCUACCUGGUAGAGAUGGACAGCCUGGUCUCCAGGGGGCACAGGGCCCACCGGGCAUUCGAGGUCCAAUGGGGCCAGCUGGAGAACAGGGGCCAAGGGGACUGCAGGGACCAGUGGGGCCACCAGGGCCAGCGGGGCCACCGGGACCGUCAGGAAUUCCCACACGUGGAUCAGUCAUUCCCUUGGGUCCGGUGUCUCUGCAGGAUGAAGCAGUAGCUCCGACUCGCUGGACCCCAGGUAAAACCUCCCCCAAGACCACCAUCAUGAAUGUCAACAGGAACACUGAGGUGAUUGCUUGUUCUACAGGAUGUCCUUCUGAGUGGCUUCACUACCGAGACAAGUGCUACUUCUUAUCCAAAGACCAGCGCAGUUUUGAUGAUGCAAAGACCACAUGUGAAUUCCACUCUGCUUCCUUGUUGAUCAUCAGUGAUGCGGAGGAACAGAAAUGGCUGACGCAGCAGACAUCAGGGAAGGGCUACUUCUGGAUGGCUCUGACCGAUAGAGAGGAGGAGAAUGUGUGGCGAUGGCUGGAUGGCAGCGAGCCUGCAUUCACGAAGUGGAAAGCCGGCCAGCCUGACAACUGGGGUCACGGCCAUGAAAGUGGCGAGGACUGUGCAGGUCUCAUCCACCAAGCCUUGUGGAAUGACUUCUCCUGUGAAGACCUCAUAAACUACAUUUGCGAGAAACAACAGGAGACAACAGGGAGUCCGGGCUCCUAGCGCUGACUUGCAAGGCGGUGGGCGUGGAGCUGAGAUUCCAAUGAGCAGCUAGACUGGACCAACGUGGUUCUGGUCCACAUGGAAACAAUAAAGGGACACAUUUGGACCCAUGAAGACUUUAUCUUCCCAAGUGUCUAAUGAGUGCAAUACAGCAGACAGCCAAAGGAGGACAAAUUAUCAUUUUGACUGCUUGAUAUAUAUUUUGAUGGUACAUGUUAUAUAUUUUACUCUCCUUGUCAUGAAUGUCAAUUAUUGCCUGAUGAAUUUAUGGGACAUUAAUUUAGGUUUAGUCGUUCCUUGAGUCCAUGAAGAAGAAUCCCUCAGGUCAAUACAACAAUUUAAUAUGACAAAUCCAUCAUUAUUUGUUAAGUUGAU